GAUCAAUUAAACACGUGACGUCACUUCCCUAACAGACACAGAACACAGCCAUGGCAGAUAGAGGGUAUAGUUUCUCUCUCACCACUUUCAGCCCUUCAGGGAAGUUGGUCCAGAUUGAGUAUGCUCUGGCAGCUGUGGCGGCUGGUGCCCCUUCAGUGGGAAUAAAAGCUGCAAAUGGUGUUGUUCUGGCAACGGAAAAGAAACAGAAAUCCAUACUGUAUGAUGAGCAAAGUGUCCACAAAGUAGAGCCCAUAACCAAACACAUUGGUAUUGUCUACAGUGGCAUGGGUCCAGACUACAGGGUUCUUGUGAGAAGGGCACGAAAGCUGGCACAGCAAUACUUUCUGGUCUAUCAAGAGCCUAUUCCUACAGGCCAGCUUGUUCAGAGGGUGGCCUCUGUUAUGCAGGAGUACACACAAUCAGGAGGAGUUCGGCCAUUUGGGGUGUCCCUCCUGAUUGCUGGCUGGGAUGAAGACCGCCCAUACCUAUUCCAGUCUGACCCUUCUGGUGCAUACUUUGCAUGGAAAGCCACAGCGAUGGGGAAGAACUAUGUGAAUGGGAAAACGUUCCUUGAAAAAAGAUAUAAUGAGGAUCUUGAGCUGGAAGAUGCAAUUCACACAGCUAUUCUGACUCUUAAGGAAAGCUUUGAAGGUCAGAUGACCGAAGACAACAUUGAGAUCGGAAUCUGCAAUGAAGCGGGAUUUAGGCGAUUGACCCCAGCGGAGAUCAAAGACUAUCUUGCCGCCAUUGUUUAAAAUAAGCUUUUUUUGCAAGUUGUUGCCGAUUAAACACUGUUUAUCUUGAUGUCUGCAUUUGCACAGCUUCAUUAGUACUUAUUCAUGAGUUUGAGGAAUGGAAUUGAAAGUUGUAUUGUUUAUAUUUUGUGUUUCUUUCUUACUGAAGGAAAGAAUAAACCACUCUUUUGAAAUCCUGUUUAAAGUUUCCAUUUGUGCUGUUGAAGAGCGUUUUACAUUUGUCAAAAUACAAGCCAAAUGUGACUAUGCAGCAAACAGCAAAAAAUAAUUAAAUAUUGCAAGGACACUUAAGUC